ACAUGACGUCUUACGCAAACUAACAAUAUCUAGUUUGAAAAGACGCUGGAUGAUUAUCCCUCUCCUAUUUCAAGAUGUUUUAGCUAAGAAAGAUUUAGUGAUGUACGUUUUACAGAGACGACUGUCUUGAAGUUACGAAAUUGUUUGAAUAUAAUUUCAAAAUUAUUGUUUUUAUGAGGUAGUUCGCCAGGGCAGUCACGCAAAACGUGAAAUGGAGAUGUCAAGAGUGUGGAGUCCACGAAUCUGGUCACCCUGAUAAAAACUAUUUAAGGAGGUCCUUGUAGCAGUAGACUGACUACAGACUCCCACCUUUGUGAUUUCCCAUGCAAAACGGCUAAACAAAUGCCUGAAGUCAGGAUCCCUAAUGCCGCAACAUCUCCCUAGUCCUAACUAUAACUUUCUCUCCACUUUUCCAUUUUUCAAGACAUCAAAUUCCCAUUCUUGAACCUGCCGAACUCUUCUAAUCCUGUCCCCAUCCCUUCCCUGUAACCCGUCAGCAUUGAAAUGCUGGGUUGUUUGCCUCGUAGGAGUAUGUCUCACAGACUGAGUAUAUUGCUGGUGCUCUUUGGCUUGGCCUGGUGUCUGCUGCUGCUUCACUACACCGUCACACAACCACGCCGCCAGAGCAGCGCAGAACUCCGCCAACAGAUCCUUGAACUCAGCCAUCGCUAUGUGAAAGUACUCAGCGAGGAGAACCAGAACCCCUCAGGGCCCCAUGGCACCUCCAUGGCAGGAUAUGCUGAUUUGAAGAGGACAAUUGCUGUAUUGUUGGAUGAUAUUCUCAAUCGUUUGGUGAAGUUGGAGGGGAAAGUGGAGGCUGCUGUGAAUGCAUCGAUGCACAAUAUCUCCCGUCCUCUCCUUGCUGCAGGAGUCACUGUUUCCAGGCCCACCAAACACAACAUGCCAGCCCACCGGCCAGAUGUACACCAGCGAAUUAACCCUCUUCAGUUCCAUCCACAAUCACCUGAUCUACCACAUAGACCGCACUCUUUAAAAUAGCAAAUGGUGGCCAUGGACAUUUUAUAUGCCACCACAUCAAAGACUGCAAUAUACACAGACAGAUAUAUUUUUAGACUUAAACAGCAUUUAGACAUCGUUUUUGCUUUGUGCACAUGAGCUCCAGCUUGAUUGUUUUGUCUUUAAUUCAUGGAUCACAAAAUAUUUUAUCAUUACAGUAUGCGUGUUUUGGAAGAUUAGAACUGAGAGAGUGGGACAUGAGUGUUUUUUUUUAUUUAUAUCAGAAUGAGUGUUUCAUAAUGUAUCUGCAAAAGGCUCUACAAUCAAAGGUAUAAUCUCCACAGCUACUGUAGCUAGCAGUUUGUAGUGCCCUUAGAUGGAUUCCUGAGCAAAGGUUUACAUGUGAGGUUAAUUGUUCACAUUGGUAAUUCCACACAUUGCUGUGCUUUAGCAAUUGAACAGUGGAGGAAGUUAGCAAAUCUACAGAAUAUUUAUGUACUCAGUCAAUAGUUGGUUGAUGUCUGUAUUACAGAUUGAUUGUUAAUUUAAGAAUGGGGGAAUAUACCUCAGUUGCUUUCAGUUCAUAGAAAUGAAUCCCAACUAAGCUGAAUGCAGCAAUCAGAUUUCCAGAAAGAAUUGUGUCGCAGGCGUCAUGACUGAAGUCAAUAAAUAUAAUAAAACAUGUACCAGUGAGAUCUUUAA